AAGGUUAGUUCUAUGCGAGCGUUGUGUGCGAACAGACGUUUGUCACUCAAAGUUCCAUGUGAUAGCUUGUGUGCGCGCCGGUUUCCUUGUUUGUUUUCCGUAUCGCAUCGCGUAGCCGUAUCCGACGACAGAAACCGGGUGGGUGCACUGUGUAAGGAUAAUCAAAUUGUGCUGUACACCUUAAAAUUCCGGGAAGAACCGAUCGAAACUCAACACGGGGAUAUAGCCGUGGCAGCUGUUCGGUGCAGAGGUACUAAUUAGAGCAGCAAAGCUUGCCUGUACGUUCCGGGAAAAUAUUGUCAUAACGCGAACCGCUUCUUCGUCAAUUCGAAUCCCUCAGGUAGAGACAGUUGAGAAGUGUUUUUUUUUAAAGCAGCGACACAAACUUCCACCGACCGACCGGAGUCGUAUAAACUUGAUUCUUCGAGUGUCGGAAACAUUGAACAGGCUGGGCUGAAAAGGCUGUCCCAGCUGGGUGGUACGUGAUAGGACUUUAACUGCUUCCCGGUAAAGUUAACUGCAGCAGCACACGGACAGUGCCAUACGUGAUUCAUUACCUGCUGGAUUUCGACAGCAUCGCAUUGGAAAAGCUGCCUAAGCUGGGAUGGUUUGUGCUAGGUAGGACCUACAAUUCGCAACCAAGCUGAUUAGUUAAGUAAAUUGCAGUGAACGGAAGAAAAGCACCAAAACUGUCAUAGAUGUUCAGCCUUCUGGAACGAAACAUACGAGAAGGUUAAAAACGGAAUGUUUAUGAUGCCGCUUGGGGUGUAUGUGAAUAAAUGAUAUUAUUUUUUAAUUGCUAGUUGUUAUAACAGAAUUAAAAAAAAAACAAUAACCAACACGAAACAGCAGUGUGCGGCGCAAGUUGCUCGUCCGGUUCGGAGUCGACAUCGAACUAGUUUUUUUUGUAUUUAUAAUUAAAUCGUCUCGGAUCAGUAUCUGUGGUGGUAAGAGUUCUGAGAAAAAUUGAAAAAUGCUUGCUCGUUCGCAAUUCUAGUUUCAUAUGUUGAAGUUGGUGGGCAGGGAAAUUGUCCAACCCAAUUCGCGAGCUGUUGAAUUGGCGCACCAUUUCCGAGGACCGUGACGAUUCGUAAGCUAAGUGGUACCUGGAAUUUUGACCACUUGUUUUGGCUUCGAAUGCUUUAAAUUUCGUGACACCAGUCAGCGGAAGUGAACCGACCAUAGAUGGUGCACAUAAAUAUUUUCUGGUUAGUACAGAGAACCACCGCAAACGCAAACAGCAACAGAGAAACCGCUCCAUUGAAUGGUUUUGUAGUUCUUCAUCGACCAGCUAACGAAGAACGUUUCGAAGAAAACCUGUGAAAAUAUAUUGUUACGGAGAAAUUGUUUGUUUGAUUAAUUAAUAAGCAUAAAGGUGUCAUUCAUCAGUGUGUUGACAUAAUCGUUCGGCGUGUUGCACUGUUUUAUAUGUGUGUCAUUUGUCAAGCCGACACAUUUUGUGUUUGAACUUACGAUACGAUACGUUCAUUCUGUUGGUGGUGUGUGUCAUCGAAUAGUUAUUAACUGACGCAAACGGAAAAUUGAACGUAAAUCAAUCAACACGAUGAUUUCGGUCAGCAGCAAAUUGAGUGCAGGCGGACGGCGGAGGUGUUUUAUCAGACUGCUGACAUCGUUUGUUGCCACCUGUCUGACGUUGGGGCCCAUGGCGGUCGGUCGAGUGAAUGGCGAAGACCACUGCAGUGAGCACCGGUACAACCGAUCGAUCGAUACCGAUCAUAUGCAGUUUACCAAGGAAGUGCCGGACCAGGAAUAUGGCAUUCUGGGACAAUUCAAAAGUUUGCACUGCUGUGCGAAAGGAUACCGUAGUAUUGAAUGGUUCAAGAAUGGCCACCCCUACCCGUGGGGUAGCGAGAUAUCAUCGCUGAUAGUGUAUCCGGAAGCAGCCAAUCAAACCAUCUACACGCACCGGAUAUCGGAGACCGAUAUUGGCAACUAUUCGUGUGUACUGCGGAACGACACGGGCAUCAUGCGGCAUGACAUCGAACUUCGAUUGCAAGAGGAUAAACCGGACUACCCGUUGCCGACGUUCAAACCGAAAGACACGACCAUCAACCUGGGCGAAGCGGCGCGCUUCUACUGCGAGGCGUUUGUGGGAAAGCUCGAUUUGCCGGAUGCGACCAAUAAAAUCGUUUGGAUGCAGAUGUUCGACGACAAGCCAACGUCUAUACUGGACGCGAAUCAGUUGAAUGUUACAAGGGAGGAUGGCCAAAUCAUUGGAUCGUAUCUAUCGAUACCGAACAUUCAGCAGCAUCACUACGGACGCUAUCGCUGUCAGAUCACGUCCGGAAACCUCGAACGGCCACUAGAGCUGAGUGUGCUACUCUCACCGAACCAGGUGACGGCCGUCGAAGAAUCGGAAUUCGAGUUCCUGGUACUCAUCAUUAUUGCUGCUGUGGCUGCCUUGCUUGCGAUCAUGCUGUUUGUGAUCUGCCGACUUGACACACGGAAGGAUCACCACGACAGCCGAUGUUCAGCACAGUUCAUCGCUGAUAACGAAAACGUGUAGAACGUGGCUUUAGUAGACUGUAAUCCCAUCUUCAUUUCAAAACAAAACUAUUUAUUUCACUUAAGAAAAAUCUAGAAAUUGUAGCUAUAACUUAUUUGUUAAACAUUUCUCAGUACUACGCCUCUGCUUGGCUAAUAUUAUCAAUCCACUCUGAAAAUCGAUUCGUUGUAAAUAUUCCGUUGAAGUAGUUCAAAUGUGAACCCGUUUAGUAGGUUACAAAUAUUUUUUCGUGAACGAUCGAAUCGUUUGAAAUACUUUGAUUACAAAUUUUCACCGUUGAACCAAGAUGGGAAAGCCAUUUAUGAGACUGACUUUUGUGAUUCUGUAGGAAUCUAUCUUGUCGACGCAUCCAGCGUGAUAUCUGGGCUGUGUGUGUGACAGAUAGGACAUUUUGAAGAACCUCAGAGCUUAAUCUAUCUAUAUAACGAUCAUACAAUUGUAAACUGUUAUACAUACACGUGAAACAUCAAACGAAAGUGAUGAUAGAAGAUCAAGAAAUCGUUGUAUGUUGGUUUUCUUAAAAAAAAGAAACAAACUAAAAGUAGUAUUCGUAACUGUUGUUUGAAACUCAAUAUUUAGCUAAAAGCAAUAACAUUAUGCGAUACUAUGGAUUAAUCUUGUUUGGCCGAGUAGUAUUCCACUUAAAUUAUUCAAAAAAAUUUCGACCAUAAUAUUAUACCAGUGAGCAAAAGCACAAAACGGUCGUGGUUUCGUUCCUGUACAUUCCUUCAAUUGCAAACAUAGUUUGAAUCAAUGCGAAUCAAAACGAUUUCCUCAAAUAAUGUAAAUCUAAAUUUGAGUAAAACAAGAUUUUUAGUGUCAUGUCGUAUCGUACAUCGCUCGCACUAAUGGCGGCGAUCCAACGCGCUGCGAAACAGGUAAUGUUUUUAAACCACUCUCAUUUGAAAUGUAAAGUAAUAACAAUAAGCUGUUGUGUAAUAUAUAUGUAAAAGAUUACAUCAAAAUAAAUUA